UGGAGUUUGACAGUUUGAGGCUAUACUUUUUAAUCCUUGUUUAUUGUAUUGUAGUUUUUUCAAUGUAAUUAAAUAAAAUACAAGAAUUCAAUAUGAGUUUUACAAGUGACGAGGUAAAUUUUCUUGUAUACCGUUAUCUUCAAGAAUCAGGUUUUCAGCAUUCCGCUUACACUUUCGGCAUAGAAUCUCAUAUAUCACAGACUAACAUUAAUGGAGCUCUAGUGCCUCCGGCAGCACUACUUAGCAUUUUACAGAAAGGUCUACAAUAUACGGAAGCGGAAAUUAGCAUUGGGGAAGAUGGAACUGAACAAAAAUUAGUGGAAGAUUUAAGUCUUAUAGAUGCUGUUAUGCCUGAUGUAGUGGCAGCCAAACAAAAUCAACAAAACCAACAGAAACAAGUUAUUAAAAAUGAGGGAACUGAAGCAAACGGGGAAGAAGUGGUGGCAUCGACUAAAAAUGAAAAUAUGGAGGUAGAUACUACAUUAGAAGUACCUUCUUCUAAAGCAACAGUUCUAAGGGGACAUGAGUCUGAGGUAUUCAUUUGUGCAUGGAAUCCAACUAAAGAUUUGUUAGCGAGUGGUUCUGGGGACAGUACAGCUAGAAUCUGGGAUCUGAGUGAUGGUGUCAUGUCCAAAUACCGAUCACAGCUUGUAUUGAGACAUUGUAUAAGAAAAGGAGCAACAGAAGUUCCGAGCAAUAAAGAUGUGACAUCCUUGGAUUGGAAUUGCGACGGGAGCUUGUUGGCCACAGGUAGUUAUGAUGGUUAUGCCCGAAUUUGGAAUACAGAUGGAAUGCUUGAAAGUACUUUAGGACAACACAAAGGUCCUAUUUUUGCUCUAAAAUGGAAUAAGGGCGGAAAUUACAUAUUAUCUGCAGGGGUAGAUAAGACUACGAUCAUUUGGGACGCUGCCAGUGGAGAAUGUACCCAGCAGUUCAGUUUUCACAAUGCGCCUGCCCUCGAUGUUGACUGGCAAACAAACACUUCUUUUGCUUCAUGUUCAACAGAUCAAUGUAUACACGUAUGCAAAUUAUCCAUUGACAAGCCAAUAAAGUCUUUUCAAGGACAUACUAACGAAGUGAACGCGAUCAAAUGGGACCCGCAAGGCAACCUACUGGCCUCCUGUUCAGACGACAUGACCUUGAAGAUUUGGUCGAUGAAACAGGACACCUGCGUCCACGAUCUCCAGGCGCACUCCAAAGAAAUCUACACCAUCAAGUGGUCGCCGACCGGACCGGGCACUGCCAACCCCAACAUGAACCUGAUCCUGGCCUCGGCCAGUUUCGACUCGACGGUGAGACUGUGGGACGUCGAGAGAGGCGCUUGUAUUCACACGCUGACGAAGCACACGGAGCCGGUUUAUUCUGUGGCCUUUAGCCCCGACGGCAAGUUCUUGGCGAGCGGAAGCUUCGACAAGUGCGUCCACAUCUGGUCCACCCAGUCGGGCCAAUUGGUGCACAGCUAUAAAGGUACGGGGGGCAUAUUCGAGGUGUGUUGGAACUCGAGGGGCGACAAAGUGGGGGCGAGUGCUUCGGACGGAAGCGUUUUUGUUUUAGACUUGAAGUUGUAAUUUUAGGUUAUGUGUACGGCAACUUUCUGUUAGAUGUGAAGGAAUACCAAGGCCUAAACACAUGCUAAAUUGUAAUUGAAUAUAACAAACGAUGUCCAAAUAAUAACGCAUAAGCUUCAUUCAAAACGUCGAAAUUGGUGGAAUAAAUGAGUGGUUUCAAUUAGCGUAGAAGUUUGUUCCUAAAAUUAGUGAUGGUCAUUUUCAAUUAGUAGAAAACGUUAAGAAACUUUUAAUAGUCCAAGAUCCCAGAGCGAUCAGACAUAACUUACUUUCACAAGGAAUGAAACCUUCCCAAGUAACAUUUUAAGUUCCUUUAGGUUAUAUAUUCUCAAGGUUAGUUAUAUAAAGGUUUAAUAAAUGUCUCAUUGGUAUCUUACAGUGUUUUGAUUU